UGCAUGACGCGUGUGAUGUUGCGCAUGUGAUCGAUUUACUCUCUAGCUAUUUUAUUGGUUUAAUUUGCUACGUCGCUAUUGGCAGAAAAAUUAAAUAGUCAUUAGUUGUAAAAGUCAACCCUGUAUCGAGUUGACCACUGGGACAAUCGCUUCGGCACUAGCAGCUUGUCCAGUUUUCUCGUAUUUCCAAUGGGCCAUGUUAUUCUAAGACGCUUAUUUUGUUACUAUGGCGUUUUGAUAAAUCCCCAUGAGUGAAUUGUAGUGCCAAUUGGUCUAAUGUUCUACUAAUUGUAAGGAUUAAUACGAUGACUGAAGUAAACGAAAAUUCAGACUCUGGAAUUAAUUCAGCACCCAUCCAGUUGAGUGAAGAUGACUGGCUACAACUACUACAGAAGCUUACACCAUCUAGUAUUGAAAGCUUGCAGCAAACCUUGAAGCGGCUACAAACUCCUGAGCAUAUCAACACAACAGAAAAGGGAAAUACAUCAGUACCUUUUGUCAGCUGCUCGCCUUCUGUUCUUGCACCACAGCCUCUUAUUAGUCAGGCUCAUCCAAUUGUUAUGUCACUUGGUAUGCCCAAAACUCCCAUUGCACCAGUGAUGGCAAUGCCGCAUGUUCUAAACAUUUCUAAAAAUACAGCGAACUCUAUCCCAGGAAGGAUUGUUCUCCCCUCAUCAGCACUUCUUAUUGCACCCCCAGCCCAUGGACAAGCAUACUCUUUAGAUUCGUGUUUGCCAGUUGCUGAUCUAAGUAGGUUAGUUGUUACUAGUGGAUGCUUUCCGAAUGUGACUUCCGGUUUGCUUGCAACUACUACUAUACCUGAAUCCUUCAGUAGUUUAAACACGCUAGCCAAUGCAGCGGUUGCUAUGGCUGCAAAUGCCUCACACUGGUCAUCUGGUGUUUCAAUCCCAACUACUACCACCACUACUACCACUAGCACAACAGUUCAAAUGUCUAAUUCAUUUCGAUUCUCCCCUAUUCCAUUUACUUCUGUUUCAACCGGAUCUACCAUUUCUACAUGCAAUUCUGUUAAUGAAUUAAUUCAUCAUCCUACGUCUACAUCUAAUUCCGAGUUUACUACACCUAUUUUAUCGAGUUUAGGAUCAACAAGUUUAACAGUCUAUCCAGUUCAUGUUUCUGCGAAUGGUUCAACUGUACUAGUUGCUUCAUCACCUACUUCUCAAGAUAUUUCUAAAUCGUACAUUACAACUAACUCAUCAGUAUCAUCGUCAUCAGUCUGUUCUACAUCAUUUGGAAAUUAUUUAAAUUCUUCUGUAGAAGCAUCCAAUUUAUCUCCACUAUCUAUUACAUGUAGUUCUAAUUUAUCUUCAAACUCAAUUACUAGUCCUACGCCUAUACUUACAUCUACACCUCGUGGUAAGCCUAAAUUUAAAGCAUUAUGGGAGUCUACUCUUUCCAAUAAUGAACGCAUUAAUCAAUCUAUUGUUAAUGAAUCUUUAACAAACCUUGAACAUACAAUUCAUUCUGUCAAUGAAUGUACAACCACAAAUUCUACCUUACCAAUCAAUUCAAUCUCAAGAACAAAUCGUACAAAUAAACGUCAAUCUCCUAUGCUUGGAAUUAAAUCUAUUGGUCAAACACCUAAACGUCUUGCUGCAACAGCUGCAACACUUUCACAAGAAAAUAAAUCAAUUUCUUCAGAUGGAUGUAAAAAGUUUCUUCUUAUUUGUUCUCCAUCUAAAAAUAUUCCAGUAAAAUCACAAAUCGAACCAGAUUCUGGUAUAUGUUUGUCGUCUAGUGGUGGUAAUCUUUCAGAGUCUGUUUUAUCGAAAAAUACAUCUUCAUGCACAGAAUUAGAUAUAACAGAAUCUUGUAAUUCUACUACUCGUCAAUUGAUUACUAAUAUAUCAGAUGAUCGUGUAAAAAUACCUAAAAAUACAGAACGUAAUAAUAAUAUUUCACUGAAACAAUCCAGUUUAUUACACUCUACAGGAUCUAACGUUUCGUCUGGUCGCGACUCUUCAGACAUAAUCGAAUCUGACCCUAUUGUUUCUGAAGUGUUUAUGGGGAAAACAUUCGAAAAUGGAAGACGAAGUUUAAAGGAAGAACCAGUUAGUGAUGAUGAAGCUAGACGUCGUGCUAAACGGCGUGAACGUAAUCGAGUCGCAGCGGCCAAAUGUAGACAAAGAAGACAAGAUCAAAUUGAAGAGUUACAACAUCGUGUUGAUGCAUUGACUAGAACAGGACAAGAACUUCGUUCAUCUCUACAUUCGUUAGAUUUAGAACGAGCUAGACUAGAAAGUCUUGUGGAAGAGCAUAAAAUUGCGGGUUGCCCAGCUGCUGAAAAGAUUUUACUAAUGAAUCGAGAAUAUUCUGACAAUGCUGGAUCAUUGGAAAAUUGUUUAGAUCUUGGUAAAACGGAUGAAUUGAUGGAUAGCAACUCUACUUUUUGUGAUGAGAAACUGGUUAUUUUGUCGUCAGCAUUAGCAGCAAAAACUACAGUACCAGAACGUUUGCCUAUUUCUUCUUCUUCAUGUAUAACUUCUUCAUCUCACCUUUCAUCUACAGCUGGAUUAACGGCAACAUUUCCUACUGUCAACAGUUCCACUGUUGCUACUACCACUACUAGUAAUUGUAAUAGUAAAUUGAUUUCAAGUCAUUUGAAUGUUCCUUCGAAUUUGCAGAAGUCAGAUUUACGUUUUCAUAAUCGUUUAACCACAAAUUUCGUCCCUCUUAUCCCCAACAGAAAUAAUAAUAAUAAUUCAACUGUUAUUACUACUGUCGCUGCUACCGUGACAACUUCUGUUACUACUACUAAUACUGCUGAAAAUAAUCAUACUGCUACUACUACUAGUAUUAGUAGUAGUAGUGUUAGUCUUAUAAUUAAUUCCAGUGAAGAUCAGAAUCGUUUAACUUCUUCAACAUUAACUGGAACUAAUUCAGAAACGAGUGAUACUUCAACAAGAAAAAAUAUUGUUGCACGUUUUGUUUCUCGUCCGUCUACUCUACUACCAUCAUCAUCAUCAUCAUCAUCAUUAGCUCAACCUUUAGAUGUUAUUAAAGCACAACGUCAAGCUGUUUCUAAAUUUGCUGAUGGAAUAAAUCAAACAAUUCAUCCAACUUCGUCGAAUAAUUUAACACCGUGUUAUUGGUCAUCAGAUUUACAAAAUUUAUCACCGAUUCUUACACCAUCCACAUGGAAACUAUUGAAAAAUUUAACUUCUUCCAGUUGUAAUAAUAAUACUACUAAUAAUAAUGGUAUUAAUACUAAUACUAUUCAACAAUCUUUUCUUCUAACGCCAACAUUAAGCCCACUUUAUCCUGUCUUACCUACACAAGCAUUCACUUCUAUUACAAGUAUGGAAUCACUGAGAUCUGUGAGUAAUCCUACUAUUAUUAUCACUUCCACAACUACGAGUACUCCUUAUUCUUCUACUACUUUGACUAAUAAUAACACUACUGCUAAUAUGUGUACUAAUAAUGAUAAUAAUAAAGACAAUAAUAAUGGUACUAAUAGUACUGUUCUCUCUGUGGUUGAAUCUAAUCCAACCACAUAUGUAAAUAAUAGUUUGCUCAUCAAUCCUACUACUGUGACAACUACAAAUAUUAACAAUACUACUUCUUCAUCGUUGGAAACUACCUUUGAUAACUGUGAUAAUAAUACUAAUAAUAAUCGUACAAGUGAAUCAUCAAAUAUUUUUAGCAAAGAUAAUGAUAACGAUAAAAGUAUUGUUGAUGAAUCGAGUCGCAUUAUACUAAUGCAACAAUCAAGUCAAUUAAACGGACAAUAAAAAUGUCAUUAAUCGAGCAAAUGAAAAUAACCAGUUUUGUCUUUCCUGUGUCAGAGCACUUUUCUGUAUUCUUUUUUCUUCUUAUGUACUUCAUUUUUUUAAUCUCUCGGUUGUAUGAAGAUAAUAUUUACAAUAUAAAUGCACAAUAAUUGAUAUCAGAUCAUUGUUUGAUCUAUCAAUCCAUUACUACAGAUCCUGUAGGAGUGUAAAAAAAAGAAGUUGAGACAAGUAAAUAGUAUGUUUAUGUAUGCACAUACACGUAAUUGUCCAAAAAAUUUACACAGAUGUCUUUCCUCUGUAUCUUUGACUAGGCUUCCCUCUUUCUCGUGACUUUGUAAACACAAUAUUGGAACAUUUUCAAAUCCUCACUUCGUGUAUGUAUAUAUGGACGCAUACAUAAAUACACAUAUAGAAUGUGUAUACUCUACGUGCAUUUUUUUGAUUAAUAAUAGUAAGUAUUAUUAUCGUUAUCACUACUCUGAACACUGGGAUACACUCAUGUAAAAAGAGGCGUACACAAACAAAAACAAAUUGACUAGUAUCUUUAUUUUUAUGGCAGCUGUUUAUUCAAAUCAUCGUUAAUAUUAGAGGGUCAGAUCCAUAUAUAUAAACAAACGCACAAAUCACGUAAAUGUGUGGAUUCAUUUCAUUUGCAUUCAUUGUUCAUUUGUUUACCUUCGACCCUGUUUACUUACAAGUACUUUUUGUUAAACUUGCACCUUUAAAAUCAAUAGGUUCAUCCCUUUCAUUUUGGCAUAUUUUUAUAUUUACUACUUAAAAAGUAUGCUAGUAGUUGGACUGUCAGACAACAAUUUCAAAAAUAGAUUAUGUCUUUCUCUAUGCAAUAUUUCUAGUGAAUUCUGUUGAUUAACUAAAGGUGUCGUCAGAUUUGUUGAACGCUUUUGUGUUAAUUGUCAAAGAAGAAAUUAUCUUCAGGUGGAUAUCAUAAAUGAUAUCAUAAGAAACAAUGGAUGAUCUGCACUCUUUUUUCUUUCGUCCCUUUUUGAUGAAUGUAACAAGCAAAGUAAUAGUCGCACACAUUAUACACACUCAUGUCCAAUUAGAUCAUACCUACCUCACAAAUUUCACAUGAUUUUCCCUACUACUAAUGUAUAUGUUUGUUGUUUUUGUGCUUAUCUACUACCACAAUACUGUCUAUCCACCUACUUGCUACUACACACCCUUUCAUGAACACACAUACACCUUUCAACUAUACAUGUAACUCGAUUACCUUCUUUCCUGUUUUAUUUUAUACAUACCAUACCUACUAUUCAAAAUUAUGGUAACAAGAAAUACAAGUAGAUACAUAUAUUUUGUGUACAUGAUAUCAUUUUAGUUGGUUAAAUACUUGUUACAACGAGAUUGGUGUUCACGAUAGUGACAUAUUUAACUAACAUAUUAGCUUACAACAAUAACAAUCUUCAUCUUAAUGAUAUUAUUACCACAUUAUACAAACUGCAUAUUUUCCUUGUUCAUCUAUCAUCGUCUGUGAUUAUUAAAGCAUAAUUACAUACUUAUACAUAUAUACACAUUUAUCUUUAAAAUUUAGUUAACAUCUUUGAGUUGAUUUCAUUCUAAUUUCUCUUAUAAAAGCAGAUUGAUUGUUAGUGUUAUACUCUAAAUGUUCAUUUGUAUGAAAAAUAGAGUCAAAUAAUAAAUUGGAGAUUUUCUUUCCACGUUUCUCUGUUUCCCAUUGAUUUUCAGUUUAUUAUAUCUCUUCGUUAAAACUAUUCAGACAAAUUAUGUCAUAGUAACCAACUGUCUUUCUAUAUAUAUAUAUAUAUAUAUAUAUAUAUAUAUAUAUAUAUAUACUGUACAAGAUCGCAUCGGUAUAUACAUAAGCAAGUGAUCUAACUAGACACAAAAGUUCACUAUAAAUUUCUUUUCUUUUCGACCUUACUUCGCGUCACGACAAAUAAAAUUUACACCACGUAAUCUUCGUUUAUAUGUUUGUCUUAGGUUCUGGUUAUCCUAUAUCUUUCUACUAUCACUGUCAAAUUAAUAGUUCAAUUCUUUUUACUUACAUGUUUAACUUGUUCAUUUAAUACAAAUUUUUGUUAUAUAAGACGGAUUAAAACUACUAGCAUGCACACAGAUCACACGGAGACUAAUGACAACUACUGUGUUGAUAUUGAUCUUAUCAUUCUGUUAUUGUUAUUAUUAUUGUUAAUAGUAUUCUGUGAGUCAGAAAUCAAAUUAUUAUUGAUUUUUAUUUUGCGCCUUGAUGCUUUACGUUGUUUUUAGGCGCUAUUCCCUCUUCAGAUAUACAAUAUAUGCGAAAUAUUUGUAUGUAUAUUUAAAAAGUAUAUAUAUACAGAACAUAAUUUUGUUUAUCAG